AGGAAACUUGGCUGCGCCCCUCUUCCCGCGGCCUGGCUCCUCCCUUUGCUAAGCAUCGAAGGGGCUGGGAAUUCUUCCUCUCCAUCCGCGCCCCCACCAUCCCCCUCUCCACGUUUGCAGUUUGGGAAGCCGGGAUUUCAGCCGAACUUGCUCUUGAAUGUUCUCCUCGUUGCGCUCGCUUUUCGCAAUGGAUAUGCCGAGAAUGCCGCCGACCCAGAGGCGGCGACACCGUUGCUGCUCGCCCCUGCUCCUUGCGUUGCUAGUUAGUUGCGUAGCAUGCCAGGCUCCGCCGGUGCCGGCUGGGGAGACCCACUGGGAUGGAAAAGACGUGUUGAUCGAGCGCAAGUAUGUGCCGGGCAAGUGCCCGCGCACUGUUUUUUCCGGCGACUUCGUACGUUACCAUUACCAUGGUACUUUGUCCGACGGCAAGAAAUUCGAUUCCAGCUAUGACAGGGGCUCUACAUUCAAUGUUUUUGUGGGGAAAAAUCAGCUUAUUGCUGGGAUGGAGAAGGCUCUGCUUGGUAUGUGUGUAAAUGAAAGGCGAUUUGUAAAGAUUCCACCCCAUCUUGGAUAUGGAAAUGAAGGAGUUUCCAGUGUAAUUCCUGCAAAUUCAGUUCUGAAUUUUGAUGUCCUUCUGGUUGAUGUUUGGAAUUCUGAAGACCAAGUUGAAAUUCAGACAUAUUACAAGCCAGAAAAUUGUUCAAGGACAAUUCAGGUGUCUGAUUUUAUAAGAUACCAUUAUAAUGGAACAUUUUUGGAUGGAACACUAUUUGACUCAAGUCACAAUAGAAUGCGAACAUAUGAUACCUAUGUAGGAAUUGGGUGGUUAAUCCCUGGAAUGGACAAAGGUCUUCUUGGAAUGUGUGUAGGAGAAAAGCGCAUAAUCACAGUACCACCCUUCUUGGCAUAUGGAGAAGAUGGAGAUGGGAAAGAAAUACCUGGUCAAGCUUCUCUUGUCUUUGAUGUAGCUCUUCUAGAUCUACACAAUCCUAAAGACAGGAUUAAUGUAGAUAAACUAUAUGUGCCAAAGUCCUGUGAACGUCAAACCCAAAUUGGGGAUUUCCUCAGGUAUCACUAUAAUGGUACCCUUCUUGAUGGAACAUUGUUUGAUUCCAGUUACUCACGAAAUCGAACCUAUGACACCUACAUUGGCAAAGGUUAUGUGAUUGCUGGGAUAGAUGAAGGUUUGCUUGGAGCAUGUGUUGGAGAGAAAAGGAGAAUAAUAAUACCACCUCAUCUUGGAUAUGGAGAAGAGGGAAGAGGAAACAUCCCAGGAUCAGCUGUGUUGGUAUUUGAAGUUCAUGUGAUAGAUUUUCACAACCCUUCAGAUUCGGUUGCUGUUACAGCCUAUUACAAACCUACUAACUGUUCAGUGCUAAGCAAGAAAGGCGAUUACUUGAAGUAUCAUUACAAUGCUUCUCUCCUAGAUGGCACUUUAUUAGACUCAACGGUUAACCUUGGGAAAACAUAUAAUAUAGUUCUAGGUUCUGGACAAGUUGUACUGGGGAUGGAUAUGGGUCUUAGAGAUAUGUGUGUGGGAGAAAAAAGAAGAAUUAUUAUUCCCCCUCAUUUUGGUUAUGGAGAAGCUGGAGUUGAAGGAGAAGUGCCUGGAAGUGCUGUGUUACUGUUUGACAUUGAGCUGCUUGAUUUAGUAUCUGGCUUACCAGAGGGCUAUAUGUUUGUGUGGCAUGAUGACGUAUCGCCAAACCUCUUUGAAGAAAUAGACAAGGAUAACAAUGGAGAAAUUCUUCUAGAAGAAUUCAAUAAAUAUAUCCAUGACCAAGUCAACUCUGGCAAAGGAAAGCUAGCCCCUGGUUACAAUUCUGAAACAAUUGUGAAAAAUAUGUUCAACAAUCAGGACCGAAAUGGAGAUGGCAAGAUUACUUCUGAAGAAUUCAAACUGAAAGACCAGGAGCCACAGGGACAUGAUGAACUGUAACUUAGUUGGUUUUAAAAAAAAUUAUGAGCCAAACUGCUGUUAGUGUGUAUAUACCAUAGAAAUGAUUUGAAAUCCCUGUGCACACUUAAAAAGGAUGUGGAAAUGAACAUGUCUUUGUGUUAAUUAAAAUACAAUAGGGUGUAAAAUUAAGAUUUUUUUUGUUAUGACAUUUAUAUUAAAAAUGCAAGGUGCCUUAAAACCAUUGUAACGGUUUUUUUUAAAUAUACAACCCACUCUAGUGAUAUAUUCAGCUUUUUUUCAGAGAUGUGAAUUUUCUGGAAAAAAACUGGAACAUUUUCAUAUGCAAAUUAAUAUGAUUCACAUUUGUGUAUUUUUUUCAAUAUUUAUAAUGGGCUGCAUGAUUUGAGGUUAAAAAAAUGGCCUAAGCUUGAACAUUAUUCCAGAAACAAAAAUAUGUGGAAAAACUUGAGAUCACGUUAUUUGAGUUAAUGGGGCUUCAUCAAUUUCUUGUCUUAUUAAGUUUCUGCAAAUGCUUUUUAUUUGUUCAGGACAUUUUCUACACUGCGGUAAAUGUUUCUUUGACUUCAUGGCAUUUUUGGCACACUUUUGCCUGCAAUACUUAUGCUUGCCAAUUUUCUUAUUGUACUGUCUUACAUCUUUUUUAGAUUAGCCAUUGUGAUUUCUAGUUGAAAUGGGGAACAAGUAGAUCAUCAAGGCCAUCUACUAAGGCCAGAAGCAAAAGUGUACAGUACAUGCAAAAUUGUCUGUGACUCCCUCCUGUCUGUUUACACAGAAAGUAGGACAAUGGAGUCCUUGCUGCUCUUUAAACUUUGUUGCUUGCAGAUAUUUCAUUACCCAACUAGGUAACGUUAUUACUGUUGGGGGGGGGGUGUUCUCUUCGAUUAUAUGCAGUAGCUUGCCCUGCCAGUGUUAAUGGAGAUACAGGGCAAAUGACAGUAUAUAAACAGGAGUAAAAACCCUUCCUCCACACACUAAUACUAAUGAUGUUAUCUAGUUGGGUAAUGAAAUGUCCUCAAGCAAACAAGCUCAGAGAGCAUCAAAGAUUCCACAGUUCAACCCACAUUUUUGAAGAUUCGAUACAAGGUACAAACUAAACUAAUUAAAACCAUGCCUUUUGCCCUGGAUUGUUACUUUUUGGUGGUAUACCACACUAUAACAGUUAAUGGGAAUAGAUCCUGAAAAAAAUGAAGAUAAAUUAUUUGGAAAUCUGUACAUUUUUAAAAUCAGUAUUUGGUGCAUUGGCAUUAGAAUCUUAUGCUUCCUUAAGAAUUGAAUUAUUCUGGUAAUGAAUUACUUCCCUUCCUCCUAAAUGAUGAAUUGUUAUCAUUUUAAACUGGAUAUAGGCAGCCUGCAGCCUUAGCUUGUUUUGCACCCAGCCAUAGCUUUCUGGAAGUAUUCCCAUUCUGCUCGUGUUGCCACCUCCACAGCAAUCAUUGAAAUAAGGUUACUAACACUACUGCUUAGAUCAUGACUAUACAGUAUUAGCAACUGAUUUGAGAGUCUUCUGUGUUUAUUUGUAGAGAAAAGUUAGAACUUUUAAGACUAGAGCUGCUUUGUUUUUACCAAAGCAAUAAUCACGUGAUUUAAAUAGUGUGGAAUAAAUUGGCUGUUCUCUGCUAUCAGCAGUAGAGAAAUAAAAAAAAACCUUACACAUAAAUUCAACAAAAUCUGGUGAAAAUAGGAUGGGUGUCAAUGAAGCUCCGCUUUUCCACUGCAAAGAAGAAUGACCUAUGCAAUAAAUGUUGCAUAAAUCAUGCUUCUACUGUAUGAAGCUGUUGAUCAAUGGUUCAGUAUUUCAUUGGAUAAUUAAAAAUGCGUGUUUGUCUUUUAUAUAUUUUAGGAAAAAGAAAUAAAAAUGAAUUAUUAAAAUGUGCAUGAAGGUGUUGAUUGCACCUGGGUAACUUAAUAUGGUCAAUCCAUCCAACUCUUCAAAAGUAUUUUGAAGUGAAUUUCAGUUCACGCUUUGUCAAUAAAAUAUAUUAAGUCAAAUAAUAAACAAAUUAGGAUAAAAAGUUACUAAAGGGAAGAACAUAAGGCCACUACCAUGACACUAGUAGAAAAUGUGUAUCUUCCCCAGGAUAAUGGGACCCAUAAUUUUAGAAAAGGGCUCAUUUUACAGCACUCCUUUUGAAAUAGUUUUAUAACAAGUACAAUUGCAUGGGUUUUCUAUGCUAUUAACACUAAUACCACGUUCUGUCAAGUGCAAUACAUUCUGGUAUCAUUAAAUAAAAUGCUGACAAGGACACUG